GGAAAAUAUAUUAAUUUAGUUUUUAUAAAUUAUCUUAUAUUAACUAAAAUUAAAUAUUUUUUUAAUAUAAAAUUAAAUUACUAUAUAGUAAUUAUAAACUUACUUAAGCUUUUUAAAAUAACCCUAGGGGUAAGGAAAAAAUAUAUUUUAUUAAAAUAUUAA